AUGCUUCUUCCCAAGGGUGGUGUUGGUGUAACGUGGAAGUCCGCCAGGGCCAGGCUACCGCCAUGGAGAGCGCUGGUUGUCCUGCUAACGCGGACGCGCUUCCUCAUUACCAUAGCCGUCACCGGUCUGGUCAUUCUGCUAUGGCGUGGUAUUAGCAAGUCUGCGGCGGAGAUGCAAAAUUUCUACUGCUAUGGCUCCUCGAAAUCACCGAUGGAGAUGUCUAUCAACGAGAUGGUCGAAUGGAACGCGCAUCUCCAGACGCCCGUCAUCUUCAACCACCACGAGCCUUACGAGGUCAACUCGUCCACCAUCCACAACGUCGACCUGAACCCCAUCAAGUCCACCACUCAGGCCGUCGUCAAUCGCGAACGCGUGCUCAUCCUGACGCCCCUGAGAGAUGCUGCGCCCUACCUACCGAAGUACUUCGACUUGCUCUCGAUGCUGACGUAUCCGCACGAACUGAUCGAUCUGGCCUUCCUCGUUGGUGACUCGACCGAUGACACCUUGGCCGUCCUCUCCUCGGAACUGAACCGCAUCCAGGCGCAGACGGAGGACAAGAUCGCCUUCCGCAGCGCUACCAUCGUGCAGAAGGACUUUGGCGCCGUGGUUGACAUGAACGUCGAGGACAAGCACUCCUUCGCUGCCCAGGGUCCCCGCCGCAAGGCCAUCGGAAGAGCCCGCAACUAUCUGCUCUACUCCGCUCUGAAACCCGAACACUCCUGGGUGUACUGGCGCGAUGUCGACAUUGUGGACAGCCCCGAAAAGAUCAUUGAGGACUUCAUCGCUCACGACAAGGACAUCUUGGUUCCUAACAUCUGGUUCCACCGUUACAAGGAUGGUCGGGAUGUCGAGGGCAAAUUCGACUACAACUCGUGGAUUGAAUCCGACAAGGGCCGCAGGCUAGCAGCCAGCCUUGACAAGGACACCAUUCUCGCCGAAGGCUACAAGGAAUACGACACCGGCCGUACUUACCUCGUCAAGCUUGGAGACUGGAGAAAGGACAAGGAUGAAGAGGUUGAGUUGGACGGUAUUGGAGGUGUGAACAUUCUCGUCAAGGCGGACGUUCACCGAUCAGGCAUCAACUUCCCAGCCUACUCCUUCGAGAACCAGGCCGAGACGGAAGGAUUCGCCAAAAUGGCCAAGCGCGCUGGAUACCAGGUGGUCGGACUGCCCAACUAUGUCGUCUGGCACAUCGACACCGAGGAGAAGCCUGGUAAUCUCGGAGACCGCAAGGCUUACUAG